CUGAAAUGAAAGACUGUGACAAAAAUCGCUAAAUCCUCUUUUGCAAAUGGCUUAUGAACCAGUUUACAAAAUCAAAGUCCUGUGCCUUGGGCAUGUAGCAGUAUUACUGGUGUAAGUACUUCUGCACAACAUGGUUCUCAUGUUACUUUCAACAGCACCAAGAAUAAAAGAAAAUAAAACUUUCCUGCUAAGCUUACAGUUGCCUUAUAAUACUCUUCAGCAUGAUCAAAGUGCAGGCAAUCUCUCUGUGAGCAGUGUUAACUCAGGUCAAGCACUCGCAGCUCUAUUUACUGUGCAGACUUUGAAUGUGUGUGGUGUGCCAUAAAUCUUAAGUUUACUUUGAUGGGGAAAUUUGUUUUGAAUAUGAUCUGGUUUUAUUACUUUUAUGCACCUAUCUAAUCCUAAGUCCUGUUGAAUAUUUUGUUAUUUGGCUAUCACAGAACUUAAAGGACAAAUCUGUCCCUGUGAGGGCUAUGUUUGCGUCCUAUUAGCAUAUGUUCUAUGGAAAUCUCUGCAACUUAAAUGUUAAGCUUUUUGUGGGCAACGGCGAGCUGUACCACAGCCUACACAGCAACCACUUGAAUGUCUCUUGUCAGCUGCAAACAAUACGUAGCAGCCCUAUACACCACCAUGUCAUCUUACCACCUCAUGCAGUCUUUGGGGGUCACAUUAAUUACAAUGCACACAUAGUCCGAACCGGCAGGUUAUAUAUGAGGACAAAGACAGCACUGUGAAUGUAAUGCAUUGUUAUUCACUAGUACAGGUUUCACAGCAGUGAAAGACAUUUUGAAUAGAGCUAUUCAAUGAACUUCUCUUUUACUGCCAUGUUUGUGGCUCAAUAAAUGAGGAAAUGAUUACAGUUUGGGAUCGCUUCACAAUAAAAUGAAACACUGCUAUAGCAGUUUCAAGGAGAUUUACACCUUUGACAGCAGACAAAAGUGACAGAAAACUUGUUGUCAGUCCUGAUCAUGUAUUUAGCGGCGACAGGCGACUGGUAACUUGUUGUCAGCCCUGAUCAUGUAUUUAAUGGCAAUAGGCCACCAGUAAAUUACUUGAGCUGUAUGGGCUAAAGGUACUGGUGAUCUAGUCAAAUAUCCAUUUCCUUGGAUUUCAGUGCUUGUGCUUACAAGGAUAAACUUUAUGGAACCUAAGCAACGUUAUCUGUUUGGUCGGAUGAUUAUGAUCUGUGAUAAGGCAAGUUGUGAGAUAAAAUCAUACUAGCAUGGCUGCAAAUAAGUUGUUUAUGAUUAGUUUUAAAUUCUUUAGGUUUUGCUUUGAUAAAAAAAAUCAUAAAUCAUUCCUAUGAUUCUUUUCUUUAUAGGCAUCAUUUACACCUCUGUAAAUAUUUGAUUAGAAAAUGUAAACUUCCCUAGCCCAUUUACUGUUUACAAUUUAAGAUUGUAAGAUAGUUUAAGCAUUUAUUGGAAAAAAGACUUUUGCACACCAGUAUUCUCUUUUUGCAUGAAAAAAAUGUCCAUGCCUAAAAGGACCUUACUAAAAAAACAAGGUUCUCAUGUUACUACUACAAAUAAGACUUCCAGAUCUCAUUACUAUAAAUAUCUCUACAAAUGGAAAUCAUUUCACACUUUCAAUAACAUUUUCGCCAGACAUGCUGAUUUAUAUAAUUGGGUUUUUUUUUCAGUUAGGAUACCUCAUCCACUGGACACUGGUGGUCUACUGAGCAACUCCAACUGGUAUUUACUGCAUAACUCUAAUGGCCUUAUUUGAAGGGGCACAGAAGAAUCAGACUGAUGAAUUCUGGAAUUUGUUGUGAGAAGGACCUUUAAAGACUUCCAUCAACUAAUUUACAGACACAACACAAAGCAGCAAGAACACGGCUAAACAGAGGCUAAAGCAACAUGUUCCGUGCAUUGCGGAGAUUCAUUGUUAAAAGAUUUGGAGGUAUUAAGCGUUUCUUCAUUUUUGUGGCAUGCCUUGGAAUAAUCAUCUACUGUCUACAUUCCCUCUUCUCCAGCAGCAGUUCUCGUCAGGUCUGGGAUGUCCAAAAUUCAUCAGUAAAUGAUUCUGCAGAAGAUGUAUGCAAAGUAGAGUGUGAACUAGGCCAGCUAUCAUUCUACAUCCGAACAGGAGAUAAAAAUGUGGCUGGGCCUACUGUUUGUUUCCAGGGAAACAUAGUGAUCAGUCAUGAACUAAAAAAUUAUGGCAGAGGUCUAAACAUGGCUGUUAUAAACAGCAAAACAUUAGAAGUGACUGAGGUGAAAUAUUUUGACACCUAUGUAGAUGAUGCAAGUUUGAUUAGGUACCUUAAGAAGGAUAUUCCAGAUGACAGUGUUGUCAUGAUUGCCAGCUAUGAUGAAGCUUCUACUGGGCUGAGAGAAGAUUCUAAACAGUUAAUGAAACUUUAUGGAAGUAUGGCUGUAGAUGUCCUGGGAUUUAGGGACAGUUACAUAAUGAUUGGUCAGAGAGGCCUGAAGGAGGGUCAUGCUAUUGAAUACAUUAGCAAGAAAGAGAAAUCAGAGGACUUUUCAGUACCACUGCAAAAGGCUGGAUGCUUUGUCUUACCAUUGGGACCACAAGGAGAAUGGCUUCCAGUCCUGCCAGAUGUGGUGCAAGGAACAUCCAUUACCAUGGGGAUUAUGCCUCUGUGUGGAUUAAAAGAGGCAUGCUCGACCAAUCAGGUGGCCAUUGGGGUAUUUACUGGCCAGGAGAACAGCUUACCACCCUGGAUCUGUGUGGAUGGACGCAAAGUGAUGUCUGAGAAUAUAAACAAGGGAGGGAGAGGGUUCAAUGUUGUAACUCUCAACAAAGAUACUUUACAGCUUAUUUCUACGAUGCAUGCUGACACCUACACUUACGACAGUGCAGAUCUGGAACUGUACCUGGAGUCACUGAAUGUAGGGGAUAUUGUAAUUGCUGUGGUUGCAGAUGAUGGUGCUAAAAAACUAAGCUACUCAGCCCGUGAACUUCUCAACAACAUGGGCAGUGGCUUCAUUCAGAAUCUCCGCUUCCGUGAUGUCUGGUUUUUUAUUGGCCAGAAAGGCAUGGAGGGCUUCACCACCAUGGAACAGAUAAAUUAUUCAGGAUUUGAUGGUGGAUGGCCAAAACCAAUCAAGCAGUCCUACUGUGUGCCUAAAAAGUUGGUUGGAAGAAAAAUCAUACCUGACCCAGAAUUCUACAGGUUUGAUGAGCGAAGAGAAUUUUGUAAAAAGUAUGAUGGCUACCCAGAAUUCUGUGAUCCAUCACAUGUUGAUGAUCAACUUAAAACAGUUGGGGUGGCAGAUCACAACUUGCAGGGGCACCAGAUAUUUGACACCCCAUUCAUCAUAGUCCCGGGUAUGAAUCACAAUGCUCUUGUUAGAACACUGGAGACAGCCCUGAUGCAGCCUGGGAUAAGACAAGAGAAUGUUAUGGUCAUGUGGGAUGAAAAAUUUCCUGAGCAUGGAGAACUGGCUACUCUCUUUGGUUUUGGAAACACCAGUUUGCCCAGCAGUACAAAAUACAUGGAGCAAAUGAACCAUGCAAUACAGCACUCAUUAAAGCUGUUCCCCAAGGCAGAUCAUUUCAUUGUUGUGGAGGAGGAGUUAUUAUUAGCUCCAGAUUAUUUAAGCUUCUUAGCUGAAUGUCUCUCUAUUCUAAAUUCAGACCCCACCCUGCUGGGUGUUUCAGCAUGGAACUUCAAUGGCUUUGAAUCAACAUCUGGAAACCGAGCCAUUGUCUAUCGGGUAGAGGAAUUCCCUGGUCUUGGAUUUUUAAUCAAGAAAUCAGCCUUGUCCAUGCUAGCUGAAUCAUUUGGAGAGUGUUGCACUAAGAGAGCAUGGCAUGGAUGGCGAUAUGGACAGGAAGGGCACUUUGAAAUUUUGAUGCCUGAUGUCUCACGUGUUUUUCGUCAGCCAUACCAAGGGGCAGGACGGGAAGCAGACUUCCUAAGAGAACUUUUCUUAAGACCUCGAACAACUAGUUUGCAAGAGCCCAUAACUCUAGAGAAUCUGAGCAGCCUUAUGGAGAGCCAAUAUGAGGAAUAUUUGCACAAGCAAAUAGAGGGCAGCAUUGUACUUGGCGAACGAGAUCUUCGCCAGUGUGUCCAGAGUAUUGAGCCUCCACCAGAUUUGUCACCAGAAAACAGCAGCCAUCCUGUGGCAGUUUACUAUGUUCAGGAGACUUCCAUAGACUUUCGCCUUCUCCGUGAAAUCAGUCGUUGUUUUGGGUUGGUGUCACCACGGAACUACAAACCCAAGAAUCUCCACAAUGGCAUGCUUCGGUUUUGGUACCAGGAGCAUCACGUAUUUCUGAUUGGAUCCUCAUCUCCUUAUUACAAGAUUAAACCCAAGGAUGUCGAGCCUAUUGCAUUACCAAAAUUAUAGACCCUACAUGAAGAAGACUUACCCCACAAAGGAGGGGCUUCUGCAAAUGUCAGUCCUUAGAAAUUCUGUUUUGUUGUAGGAGGUAUUUGUUGCUGAAUGUUUUCAGAUAUACUUUCUGUAUUUUACUUGAGGGCUGACAGCUGUAAAACCAGUUCCUUUUGAAAAGGGUGGACUGAUUCCUGUUGUGCAGGGGUCUUAGUUGUCUAGAAGUUUGCUACAAGAGUCAUACGAAUGAAGAAUGAAUGUGAUAGGUGUGAAGACUGAUAUAAAUGGAAGAAGAUAUAGUUGAAACUAGAUAUGCAGAUACAAUGAAUGUGAUAAAACUAAAGAAAGAAUCGUAAAACUGAAAGAAGAGUGUGAUCAAAUAGACCAGUUGAGAGUGAAGCAUAGUUUUUCUUGUCAAGUAGGAUUGGCAUGCAAGUUAAAAUCUCAACAAAAUAACUCACUGUAUUAAAUUUUUGAAUUACAUUGCUUGUUUGAGUCUAUGGAUCCAGAUAUCCCCUAAUUUACAUACCAUGCAGACAAAAUCUUUUUUUCUGAUUUAUUUUUGUAAAAGCACUCUUAGAUCAACAAAAUUUAAAACUAUGCCAUUUGUGUAACCUUUGUCAUGUCUAUUUUAGACUAUUCUGUUAAGCAUCAAAGGUUUUGCAUUAAUUUGUGCUGAUUAAGUUUUGCAUGACAGUUGUCCUGUGUUAGUGAUAUCAAAUGAUCUUACAUUUUGAACCUUUAUUGAUAAGGAGGUGAGGAUGUACAUGUUAAAGGAUUUUUCUUACAAAUGGAAUAAAGUUGUUCACACUUUAUCCCUCAGUUUAUAAUGUGUAGCAUAAUUUACUGUUUCUUUUUUAAAUUCUAAACAUGCAACUUGUUUAAGUUUAAUAUUUACAUGCACUUAAUAAUUUUUCAUGGUUCUUGUUGGAAGUUAAAGCUACAUUUAGCAGACCACAAUAUGGUUUCUACGUGAUGUGAGCAAAAUGGAAUCCUAUGCAUGGGAUUAAGAUGCUACAAUAGCCUGUUGGUGUUUCUGUGGUAUUGGGGGAGUCACCUGCACUGCUAAAUAUUGUCACAUAUUUGCCUUUUGUAUUUCACGAUGAUCCUGUUAAACUUGAUUUCAUAUGAUAACAGUGAGGAAGAACUUUGAAGAACAAAGUAAAACUAUGGUUUUGAAAUCCUUCAAUAAAAUGCCUAAAUACCAUAUCUAAUUUUUCUAUAAAAAGUCUUCCAGUUAUUUUUUCUUUGGAAGGCCAGUUGCAACCACUUUUGUGAUACAGAUAUUAUUUCUUACCAUGCAGGAAUUUCUGAUGGAGGCCAUAUUGUAGGCUUUAACUUACACCCCAAUUCAGAAAUUAAUUUUUCUAACGCUUCAGUCUGCUUUCAAUGUUUCUUACCUCAUCAGCUACUGAUCCACAUAUUUGUACAUUUUCUGCACCAGCUCGUGGGGAAACAUUCUCCAUUUUGCAGUUCUGAAGUACCUGUGGUGCUUCUUAUAAUUUAUGUUGUAUUUAUUCUGAUGCAUGGUAUGAAUGUCCAAGUCCCCAGACAAUCAGUUCUGUAAAAGUAUCUAGUCAGUUGUUGUACUUGUCAACUUGUUGUUGUACUUGCUCUGUUUGCAUGCCACUUGAUUUUUCAAAUGUUUUUUGACAUUGUAACUUUCAAUUAAAUGUUUGCAUUUAAGAUCGAUUGAACAUUGGGAGUUUGCAAAAUGAAUCCAUUCUGCAUGCAAUAUUUACAUACACAGAUAUGUGAUAUGAUCAGUUGUAAAUGUUGGCAUAACUCUGAAAGAAUGAUAGUUAAUGUACUUUGAACUGGAUCUUUCCUACAGAACUUGUUUUUGAAUAUCCAUCAUGUAAACAACAGAAAUAGAAAUCAACCUCAUCCUUUCUCUAUUUCUGUGCAUCAUUCUACUCCUUGGUACAACAACAAUUAUUUUGUGUCAUUUAAUCCUUGUGCAGUCAGCACAGCUGGGCAUUUUUAAUGCAACCUUAUUGUAUGACUGUGUGUGUAUAUAUAUAUGAAAUGUGUUUGUAUUUUAUUUUUAGACAUGGCCCUUGGGUGAUGUGGAGUGAUGUGUUCCGGCCUUGAAUACUUUCAGGCCAAUCUGGAAGUACAGAAACAUGCCUUACAAACUCUGUUUUUAGCAGUAACAGGAUUUUGUAUAUUGUCAAUGGUGGCUUUAUGCAAGGUUAUGUAGCAUCAGCUGGCUGUAGUAGUGUUUCAUCCUGGAACUUAAAAACCAUAAUUUUAACUAGUCUUUACUGAAAUGAAUCCUUGCUUUUCAUGUCAUUGCUUUAUUUCAGGUUUCUCUUGGUGCUAAAUGUAAACAAAUGAGUUAAUUCUUUACAGUUUAAGGGAACACCUACAGUUGAAAAAUCAAAUGUAUUAUGCAGAAGGAAAAAACUUUAAACUGUAAAGCAUUAAGAAAAUGCAAUGGGCAGGGUCUAUGAGUUGAUAAUUGACAUAAUACACAUCAGUAGUUUCAUAUUUUGCACACUUUGUGCAAUGAUAGUUUGAACAUGGUGUUAGUAAUAUGCAUUUGUCUGUGACUUGUCAAUGCUUAGUGUAUCCUGUAGGUUUCUUCUCAGUCUUCAGUUUUUUUUGUUUUUUUUUAAUUUUUUUUUUGUCGUUCGCCUCUUUUAUCACACUUGGAGACCAGCUCUUGAUAUGAAAUUGGUGGUCUUCUGUAGAGUCGCCACUGGCCCGUACAGCUUGUUGUGCAGGAUCUCCGACUGUCGCCACGUCUGUUCCCUCAGGGUACGGAGGUUCCUACAGUCCUGUUUUCAGUUUUUCAGUCUUCAGUUUAUCCUGUAGCUUUAACUCGACAUAGAUGAAUCCAGACAAUUGAGCUGUAGCUAUGAAGAUGUUCGCAUCUGCAGGUGCUAACUGUGAAGGAAGAGUUAAUGCCAGCUUUUACAUAGUAUGCUGCUCUGUAAAUAACAGAGAGCAUACUUUUUAAAAAUUAGUAAUAAUUUCUUUAUGAAUUGAAUUAUAUUACAUGGACAAAGGCGUUAACAGAGUUUGCUUAAAUGUGUCACAUUCCAGUUACAUGCCUUUUGUUUAUAUUUAUUUGGUCUGUGCCUGCAUGCAUGCAUGUGGAUUUGCCUAUGAAAGAUUUUUAUAUUUUAUCUGUGAUUCCAGCUAAUUGUAUAAUCACACUUUAUGAUUUUCUUAGUCACUAGUUAGAAUCUUCAUAUUUUCAAACAAAUAUGAUUUGUUGGAAUAAGUAUGUGUAUAGCUGAACUAUUGUCAUUGGGAUGGUUUCAGUUUCAGGAACUGUGUAUCUAAACAUUACAAAAAAGGCUAAAAUAUGUUUUUUUUUGUUUUGGAUAUGGCAUGUUUGGUUUAUUUUAAUAAAUUAUGAAUCAUGGUAUUUAAUUGAAAUUUUUUUGGUGUUAAGCUUACUAAGAGUUAAGAUAUCUGUAAAGGAACUGAAAUAGGAAGGAACUAAGAGAAAAGUUGGUACAUUAGAAAGAGCAACUCAUUUUCUUUGGAACUGUUUCAUGUAAUCGAUGGUGUAACUGUUUCAGAGAUGUAAGAGGUCAUUUUACUUUUACAGCAGUGUGCAAAUAUUGCUGUUCUGUGCCUCAAUGCUUUGUGAAUUGUUCUGUAAACUAGUCUGUUUCCACACGAGAAAAAUCAAGCUUAAUUUUGGCUCAUUAAAAGAUGAGUCAAUGACGUGCAUUGUUAGAAAACUUCAAGCAUGCGGAAAAGAUUGUGUAAAAGUGGUAGAGAUGGAUAAGGAUUUUUUUACCCUAUUCAUUUAUUUUGAAAAAAUGUUAUUGAUAUUCAAAGUUGCAACAUUUUUUGAGCUACCUAUGUGAGAGCAUUUUGCAUGUGUUAAACUUUACUGAGGUUCACAUGAUCUAGAGAGGCCAGAGGAUUUGGAUAUUGCUAAAGGCAUGUCAAAAGAUCAAGCAUGUUUAUUGAUAUAAAUAUUUGCAGAUAUUUGGGUUUGUCGUGUAGUUCUUAUUUGCCUGUAUUAUUAAUACUUUAUAUGAGAUUAGCUUUAUAGAUUUUAUUAGUAAUGUUUUUGCAAAGGUGUUGCAUGUCUCCAGCUCAGUGGUGUAACUAGAAUUUGAUAUUUCAGUAUUCGUCUUUUCCUGUCAGAAAAUCUUAAUGUUAAAGACCUUAGAGGUAUCUUAUUAUCUCAAUUUUUCACCAGGUUUGUAGCAUUCGUGAACUAUCAGCCCCGAAAAUCUUUUUUGCAUCUGGAUUUUGGUUGGUAUUUUUUAAUAACUAUUUUGUCAACAUCCUGCAGCACAAAUCGAGUUAAUUGUCUUUCAUUAACUAUGAGUAAAUUGUGAUGCACAGAACAA